AUGUCAAAAGUAUUACCAGCAGGAAGAACCAUCUUAGCUUCUACCAUAGCUAAACUAUAUAGUGAAGAGAUAGUACAACAAGUAGCUAGACUCUCCUUCAAACCAAAAAUUGUGGGAUUUUUAGCCAAUAAUGACCCAGCUGGUAAAAUGUAUGCUAACUGGACUAGUAAAACCUGUCAAGAUCUUGGGUUUAAUUAUGAAUUAAAAGAAUUAGAUAGAGAAGAUUUAGAAACUGAACUUAUCAAGGCUAAUAAUAAUGACGACGUUAAUGGAAUAAUGGUAUAUUUCCCAGUUUUUGGUGAUAAACAAGAUCAAUAUUUACAACAAUUGAUAAGUAUGGAUAAGGAUGUUGAAGGUUUGAACUUCUUAUACUAUAAAAAUUUAUAUCACAAUGUCAGAUUCAUUGAUGAAGCUCAAACUAAGAAAAGUAUCUUACCAUGUACACCAUUGGCUGUAGUUAAGAUCUUAGAAUAUUUGGGUGUCUAUAAUAAGAUUUUAAGAUACGGUAAUAGAUUAUAUGGGAAGAAAAUUAUGGUAGUGAAUCGUUCUGAAAUUGUAGGUAGACCAUUAGCUGCUCUUUUAGCUAAUGAUGGAGCUACUGUUUAUUCAGUGGAUAUUAACAACAUUCAACAAUUCACAAGAGGUGAUGAUUUAUCUGAUCACAAACAUAAAGUUAUCGAAUUACCUGGUCAAGAUAUCAAUGAACUUAUACCUAAUUGUGAUGUAAUCAUCACAGGUGUACCUUCACCAAAUUAUAAAUUCCCUUCAGAGUUAGUAAAGUUCGGUACCACUAUUAUUAAUUUCAGUAGUGAAAAGAAUUUCAAUGAUGAUAUCAAAUUGAAAGCUGGAUUAUAUGUUCCAUCCAUUGGUAAAGUCACUAUUGCCAUGUUAUUAAGAAAUUUAUUAAGAUUAUUGGAAAACAAAAAUAAGAAUUAG